AUGUAUGCUGCAUUUAGAAUGACAAGAUUUCAAUUCAUUUUCGUUUUUUUCAUCAGUAUUAGUUUCAAAUGUGUUGCUCAACAGUGGAUAAAUACGGCUAAUAUGUUAAAUGGACGUGUGGAUCAUGCCGCUAUUGUUUUACAAGAUGGAAGAGUAUUAGUUACUGGUGGUCGUCAAAACAACAUCCUUCGUGAAGCUGAAAUAUAUGAUCCUGACACAGAAAAAUGGACAUUUACAGGUUAUAUGAUCAGUCCAAGAGCGUAUCAUAGGGCUAAUCUAUUAACAAAUGGAAAAGUCUUAGUUUGUGGUGGAGUGAAUCCUGGCCCAUCAGGUACGAGUGAACUAUAUGAUGUUAAAACUGGAAAUUGGACGGAUACUGGUCUAAUGAAUUAUCCACGGUUUUUUCAUACAUCGACAUUAUUAAAAAAUGGAAAAGUCUUGGCUGCCGGUGGUAGAAUAGACAUUGGUGAUGAUGUUAAUACAGCUGAAUUAUAUGAUCCUGAAACAGGGAAUUGGACAAUGACUGGUGACAUGAAUCAAGCGCGAAGUGAUCAUACGGCAUCGCUGUUACCGAACGGAAAAGUAUUAGUGGCUGGUGGAUCUUCUAUCGAUGAUCUCGAUAGUGCAGAAUUAUAUGAUCCUGAAACAAAUGCAUGGACGUCUGUUCGAGGCAUGGAGUACGCAAGAUCUGAACAUGCAGCAGCAGUAUUACCUAAUGGAAAAGUAUUAGUGGUGGGUGGUAUGGGUCCUUCAUAUGUAAAGAGAGGUGAAAUAUAUGAUCCUGAAACUGAUAUUUGGACAGUAACGAAUCCAAUAAAUGUUGUCCGAAGAGAUCAUACUGCAUCAACAUUACCCAGUGGAAAUGUAUUGAUUACUGGUGGAUAUUAUAAUACAGAAGCUUUAAAAAGCGCUGAAGUUUAUGAUUUAUCAACAGAUACUUGGGUAACUCUUAAUAGUAUGAAUUAUGGUCGAUUUCGACAUCGAGCAUCGGUACUAUUAAAUGGAACAAUACUAAUUACUGGAGGAUUUAAUGGUGGACCGUUGAAGACUGCAGAACUAUAUUCUAUAUCUUAA